GGGUUGGCUAGCGGGGUGCGGACCUCCACUUCCGCCCUCGGCACACUGUUGAGCAGAGGCAUGGAGGGGGGCUGGCGGCCGGCGCGAGGCCACGCUGGAAAUGUCCUUUUGGGGCCAGAGUCUGGGUAUGUAUGAAUGCAGAUUCUCACCCGUUUACAAAUAAGCCCAGGAAUCUCAACUGAGAAGAUCACGUCUCUGUAAGCCAUUAGCCCAGUUUUGAGGACUUGAGUUUAGUCAGUGAUUGACAGCUGGCCAGCAGGUUGUUCUGGAUGUGGUGGAGGUACAGAAUGAGCACAUGUUGUUGGUGUACGCCAGGUGGCGUUUCCACCAUCGAGUUCCUGCAGUGCUAUGCCUCCAGGACCCAGCCCAGUGACUUCCAAACAGCAGAUGAAGACCUCUGCUACUGCCUGGAGUGUGUGACUGAGUACCACAGAGCCAGGGAUGAGCUGCCGUUCUUGCAUGAGGUUUUAUGGGAAUUAGAAACCUUACGUCUCAUAAAUCACUUUGAAAAAUCCAUGAGGGCAGAAAUCGAAGAAGAUGAUGAUGAAUUAUAUAUAGUAGACAACAAUGGAGAGGCACAACUGUUUGACUUCACUGGCCAAGACUUUGAAAAUAAGCUUCGAGUUCCUCUUCUUGAAAUCCUGAAAUAUCCUUAUCUGCUAUUACAUGAGCGUGUUAAUGAGUUAUGUGUUGAAGCGCUGUGUCGGAUGGAACAAGCGAAUUGCUCCUUUCAGGUGUUUGAGAAACAGCCUGGGAUCUAUUUGUUUUUGGUCCAUCCCAAUGAAAUGGUUCGGCGUUGGGCUAUCCUGACUGCAAAAGGCUUGGGAAAAGUGGACAGAGAUGAUUAUUAUGACUUACAGGAGGUUUUGACUUGCCUUUUUAAAGUCAUUGAGUUGGGGCUUUUAGAAAAUCCAGACAUUUAUACUUCUUCUGUCCUUGAGAAGGGUAAACUGAUCAUCCUACCCUCACACAUGUAUGAUACUACCAACUACAAAAACUAUUGGUUAGGUAUCUGCAUGUUGCUGACCAUUCUUGAGGAGCGCGCCAUGGAUUCGCUGCUGCUGGGCUCAGACAAACAGAACGAUUUCAUGCAGUCAAUACUUCACAUCAUGGAGAGGCAGUCAGAGGAUGAGAGUGAAGAUCCUUUCUGGCCAGCAUUACACUGUUUCAUGGUCAUUCUAGAUCGCCUGGGAUCUAAGGUCUGGGGUCAACUUAUUGAUCCCAUUGAGGCCUUUCAGACCAUCAUCAACAACGCGAGCUACAACAGAGAGAUCCAGCGUAUACGGAGCAGCUCUGUAAGGACCAAGGUAGAGCCGGAGUCAUGUCUGGAUGAUAUGGUUACCUGCAGCCAGAUUGUGUACAGUUACAACCCUGAAAAGACCAAAAAGGAUUCAGGGUGGAGAUCAGCCAUUUGCCCAGAUUAUUGUCCUAACAUGUAUGAAGAAAUGGAAACGUUAGCCAGUGUGCUUCAGUCAGAUAUUGGUCAAGACAUGCGUGUUCACAACAGCACGUUUCUGUGGUUCAUCCCUUUUGUUCAAUCCCUCAUGGAUCUUAAGGAUCUGGGUGUGGCUUAUAUAGUAGAGGUCAUUCACCACCUGCAUUCCCAAGUCAAAGAUGUUCUCAACGAAACAGUGGUCGUGUGUGACAAAGUCACUGAAUUUUUCUUUCUAAUUUUGGUGUCAGUGAUUGAACUACAUAGAAGUAAAAAAUGUUUGCAUUUGCUGUGGGUUAGCUCCCAGCAGUGGGUAGAAGCCAUUGUGAAAUGCGCCAAGCUUCCCACCACUGCGUUUGCCCGGAGCUCCGAGAAGUCUUCUGGCAGUGGCCCCAAAGGAGCGGCAAUGAUAACCUCUCUGUCGCUGCAUCCACUGCCCGCCAACUCCGUGCAGCUCGCUUGUGUGCAGCUGGUGAGAAGUCUCCUCAAGGAAGGGCAUCACCUUGGGCAGCAGGCGCUUUGUAAGCAGUUCUGGGAUAAGCUCAACUUAUUCCUGCGAGGGAAUGUGUCUCUAGGGUGGCAGUUGACUAGUCAGGAAACCCACGAGUUGCAAACUUGUUUGAAGCAAAUUAUUAGAAACAUAAGAAUCAAAGUACCUCAAUAUACUGCUUUGGUGGAGCCGGCUCCUUCAUGUAAACUCCUUCCAGCCUCUUGUAAUAAAGAAAGUGAACAAGUAGGGAAGACGUGUGAGAAAGACGCCCACUGUCUGGAAAGUUCCAGCCCAACAUUUUCUAAAGAACCCAUGAAAGCUGAUGUAUGUCAAGUGCAAGAGAGCAGUAUACUAAACAAAGCAAGUGAUACUGUGGAAGAGGGCAGCGAGCAAAAUUCCAUAACAGAUUUGAAACUAGAGGACCAUCUCUCAGCUGAGUCAUGCUCAAAGCAGAGUGAUAAAGACCUCUCCACUGAAAGAGCCAAAGAUCAAGUGAAAAUACGUACAAGGAAGAAGUCUGUGAAAGGUAAUUGCUCCUGUACACCACAGAGCUGUACUUCAAGAAGUGAUCCAGAAAGGGGGUGUGACAAAGGAGGACUUACGUCAACAUGUUUGUCAACUGAGUCUAACACUGAUUCUCUGGCAAAGGUGUCCACAUCCAAAGAGGAUUUCUCUCGAAAGAAAGAAGCUUCAGAAGAAAAAACUAAGGCACAAAAAAGUGAAAUCUGUACUAAGUUAUCCCAUGGAAUAAUGAAGCAACACAGGAAAAGUGCCGUGGUGAGUAACCCUGUGGAUUUAGAGGGAGACCUGACUGUCUCCGACACCAAGAAUGUCUGUUCGAGGACAGAUACUGGAGAUCAGAAAGGGGAGAGCUUCACACACAACCUCUCUUCAGAUCCGACUGACGGUCAGGAUAAUAAAAAUGGAGGACAAAAGUCUCAUAACAGUUUCUUGCUGAAAAAGAAACAGUUGAAGGAUGAAGAGUUAGAUGUCCUUUCUUCCCAUGAAAAUGGUCAAAUACAGGAAUUGAGUCAUGUCGAUAAUAAAGAUUUGGUUUCAUUUACAGAAAGGAUUAAUACUUUCAUGCAUAGAACAUAUCCCUUUAAAGAUCCUGUCACUUUGCCUGGAUUUAGAGAUAAGGAAAUCAGCAAGGGCACUGACCAGGUUUCUUCUGACCUGAGAGAACAGGCCCCCAGCAUCAGCCCCCAGUUGGACACCCUAACAGAUUCUCAGGUAGACAGAGACCUCCACAAAUUAUCUUUAAUAGCUCAAGCCCGUGUCAUUAAGUUUCCAUCAGAUUCAACUCAAAAAAGCCCAUCCCAUCUACAAAGAAAAGUAAAAAAUAAAAGAAGUUUCAGAGACAACCAAAAUAAUGUCAAGGAAAUCUGCUAUGAACAAGUCAUUAUUAUUUCAGAUUCUGAUGAUGAUGAGCGAGUUCUGAGUUUUGAGCAACACAUUAAACAAGAGAAGAUGCUCAUUGAGAAAGAAUGUCCGGAGCAGGGCACUUCAACAGCUAGCACAGAUGUGGACAGUACGCUGAGUGACGAAAAGACAGAUUCCACCUUGCAGGUGGAGGACUAUGAGUCUCAGGUUUUUGAGUUUGAAAGCCAACAGGAAGUGUUUUCAGUUUGGCACGAUCAGAAACCAGACCACAAGAAUUCGGUUCUAGGGGAUGAAGAGAGUUCAUGUCUGCCUCAUAUAGCUAUUAUCACAAAUAUUUGGGGCUACGAUACAGACUCUCCUAUGUCUGAAGAAGUGACCAAAGAUGGAACAGAGGGCACUGGCCUCGUGGAGCCACGAAGUAGUAGUACUGUUGAGGUUUGUGAGCGUCAAGCCAAGAAACCUAAGAGAAAACAAUUUAAGAAACCGAUGGCUGAAGAUUCUUCAUCCUCUGUCAGGAAUGAGGACCGGUCUGAGCUGCUUGAUGAGAGAGAGCUCACUGAAAAUAAUUUUAAAAUUACAGACAUACGGACAUCUCCGGGUCCCAGUGCUGAGAGAGCCACUUUGGUUUCCUCGAAGAAGUCUUCUUCAAAGCCUUGUACUUACUCCAAAUCCACGAGGAGACUCCCUGUUUCCAAACCGCCUAAGAAAACACACUCAGAUACCAAAAAAGGGCAGAAUAAAAGUGCAAGUUACCUGAGCUGUAGGACCGCACCUGCCGUGGUGCCACCAAGGAAACUUCGCCAGUGUCCCGAGCCCACGUCCACAGUUGAGAAGCUUGGUCUGAAAAAGGCUCCUCGCCGUGCAUUCGAGUUGUCACAGCGAUCUUUAGAUUCUAUAGGUCAGUUACGUCGCCAUGGCAAAACUGUUGGCGCCAUUGAUACCCCAAAAAAGACUAAACUGAUUUCUCCUCAGACUCUUCCUGUGAAAGACAAGAAACUGCUUGUGAGUCAGGAUCUUCAGUUUCAAAGGCAGACGAGACCCAGAUCUCAACAAAACAGACCAGGGCCUUAUGGAAGUGCAGACAGACGAGCAGGACUGCGUGCAACCCCGAAUUCCAGCCGAGCCACGCCGGAGUGCAGUAGGUCAGAUGGCAGCCGUAAAGGGGCGACCAAGGUGGUGGCUAACAGCAGUGGAAAUCAGUCACGCAGGUGUGUGUCUCCUGAACCAGAACCCGUGAAGGCAAACCAUGUUUCUCAGGCAGCCGGUGGUGCUUGUCUUCUGAAGCUGUGUAAUUCCCCAGUAUUCAACGGAAGGAUGCCAGCAAGUGACACGACAGCCUCCACUUCAGCGGACCCGUUAGGUGGAAGUGACCUGACCAGACAUCAUGUAGAGGUGGCAACUUCGAAAAAGGGACAACCCGACUCUGACAGUGAUAUGGAAGAAGAUGAUAUCUUUUUAACACAGCAUGAUCCUGAAGACAUGGACUUGGGUACACAAAUGCACAGUGGUAGUGAUAGACUCAUUGAAGUCGUCCACAGGAAAGAUCGUGUUCAGGGAGCAGAAGAUGCUGUGAAUCGGCCUCAGUUGGACUCUCUGAGCAGCACAACAUGUAAGUACAAAGAUUGUUUCGAAAUCGUGCGAACCCAGGGCGAAUACUGCUUGAAACACUCCAAACCCAAAGCAGCCGAUGGAGAUGUCUUCCGGAAACCUGGCAGGCCUCUCUCUGCGCCUAAACCUUGGAGACCCACGGCAAAGAUUUUUACCAGCACUUCGCGAACUGCUAAUCUUUCCAAGUCUUUGGAAAGUACCUCAGCACUUCCAGGCCUAAAAAAUAAGUCAAGUGGAGGACAGUCUGUCUUGAAAGGACCACAGCCGGCCUCUCUGUUGUGUCCGAAGCCAAUGGGUGAAUUGAAGAGUCUGUGCAAUGUUCUUCAUUCUCCAACUCCAAAUCAUUCCAGCUGGCCAGCCUACAAAUUCCCAUUUGGUGACUGCAGACCUUUUUCCUCUUCUCCGGUCAACAUUCUCUUGUCAUCACAGUCCGUCUUUGACACCUUCAUCAAAGAGGUCUUGAAGUGGAAAUUUGAGAUGUUUUUGAGCUUUGACAAGUGUGGGCCGCCAGCAAGUCUUUGUCAGGCCAUCUCAAGACCCGUGCCUGUCAGAUUUCAAGAUUGUGGAGAUUAUUUUCAUGUUUUUUUCCCUUUGAUGAUAUUGAAUACUUUUGAAACUGUAGCACAGGAAUGGCUCAGCUCUCCAAAUAAAGGAAAAUUCUACGAGUUGCAGUUACGAAAAUAUCCUGCAGAAUAUAAAAAGUACUGGGAGUUUGUGGUUUUUCUUGAGGAAUGUGAACUAUCUAAACAGCUUCAUCCAAAGGAGAACGAUUUGGUAUUUUUGGUUCCUGAGAGACUGAGUGCAGAGAAGAGAGAUAUAGAGGGGAAUUUCAUCCAAGGCCCCCAUGAAUAUCACUGUGCUUAUGUUCAUAAAUUUCGCCGCUCGUCAGUCAUGCGUAAUGGGAAAUAUGAGUGUUCCCUUUCCAUCCAGACUCAAGAUAAUUUGCCAGUCAAUUUAAACGAAAUCGUGAAAUGUGUUGUAAUCAGUUCUCUGGUAACUACACAAAGGAAGUUGAAAGCCAUGUCUUUGUUGAGUAGUCGAAACCAACUGGCCAGAGCUAUUCUGAACCCAAACCCCAUGGACUUCUGUACAAAAGAUCUGCCUCCGACAACACCUGAGAGAAUUAAAGCCUACUUGAGAGAUUUCAACGAAGACCAGGAGAAAGCGAUAGAAACGGCGUAUGCCAUGGUGAAACACUCCCCAGCAGUUGCCAAGAUCUGUCUGAUUCAUGGGCCACCUGGAACAGGGAAAUCGAAAACCAUCGUUGGCCUCCUGUCCCGCCUGCUGACCGAGAGGAGGGGCCACCUGGAUGAGAACUCCAACGCCAAGAUCAAGCAGAACCGCGUGCUCGUGUGCGCGCCUUCCAACGCGGCUGUGGAUGAGCUGAUGAAAAAGAUUAUCCUGGAGUUCAAAGAGAGGUGUAAAGACAAGAGGAAUCCUCUGGGAAACUGUGGAGAUAUCAAUUUAGUACGUCUGGGUCCAGAAAAGUCUAUCAAUAGUGAGGUCCUAAAAUUCAGUUUGGACAGCCAAGUUAACCACAGAAUGAAAAAAGACUUACCUUCUUAUGUUCAGGAGAUGCAUAGAAGAAAGGAAUGUCUAGACCACCAACUAGAUGAACUUUCCCGCCAGCGUGCUUUAUGCCGAGGUGGGCGGGAAAUACAGAGGCAAGAAUUAGAUCAAAAAAUUGCCCAAGUUUCAAAAGAAAGGCAGGAACUUGCUUCUAAAAUUAAAGAGGUUCAAGGACGCCCGCAGAAAACCCAGAGCAUCAUCAUCCUCGAGUCCCACAUCAUCUGCUGCACCCUGAGCACGAGCGGCGGCUUACUGCUCGAGUCUGCGUUCCGGGGCCAAGGAGGUGUACCCUUCAGCUGUGUCAUUGUUGAUGAGGCUGGGCAGGCUUGUGAAGUGGAGACCCUCACCCCACUCAUCCACCGCUGUAACAAGCUAAUCCUCGUGGGGGACCCGAAGCAGCUGCCCCCCACAGUCAUCUCCUUGAAGGCCCAGGAGUAUGGCUACGAGCAGUCGCUGAUGGCCCGCUUCUGCAAACUGCUGGAGGAGAACGUGGAGCACCACGUGAGCGGCAGACUGCCCAUCCUGCAGCUGACCGUCCAGUACAGAAUGCACCCCGACAUCUGUCUCUUCCCUUCCAAUUAUAUUUACAACAGGAACCUGAAAACUGACAGAGUGACUGAGACCUAUCGGUGUUCAUCAGACUGGCCCUUUCAGCCCUACCUCGUGUUUGAUGUCGGGGACGGCUCAGAAAGACGGGAUAAUGACUCAUAUGUGAAUAUUCAAGAAAUAAAAGUGGUAAUGGAAUUGAUUAAACUUCUUAAAGACAAAAGAAGGGACAUUACUUUCCGAAACAUUGGCAUAAUAACCCAUUACAAGGCUCAGAAAAUGAUGAUUCAGAAGGAGUUGGACAAAGAAUUUGAAGGAAAAGGGCCCGCAGAAGUCGACACUGUGGAUGCCUUCCAGGGUCGUCAGAAAGACUGUAUUAUCGUCACGUGUGUCAGAGCAAACGCCCUGCAAGGCUCGAUCGGAUUUCUGGCGAGUUUGCAGAGAUUGAAUGUCGCCAUUACACGAGCCAAGUACAGCCUCUUCAUCCUUGGACAUUUGAGGACGCUGAUGGACAAUCAGCAUUGGAACCAUCUGAUUCAGGACGCACAGAGGCGAGGCGCCAUCAUCAAGACCUGCAGCAAGAACUACAAACACGAUGCUGUGAAGAUCCUGAAACUCAGGCCCACGCUGCAGCGAAGUCUGACCCACCCCUCCUGCACAGGCCCGGAGGGCGGCGGCCCCCAGGGCGGCUCGCCCAGCAGCAGACUAGACAGCGAACCCCUCAGGACGCUGCUCGCCUCCUCCCUGUACCACACACCCUGGGACUCGAACGGAGCUGCCGCCGCUGGUGCUGCGAGGGAGUCUGAAAGGCCUGUGCGGGACCAGCUUCGGGACCCACGGCUGCUCAGGAGGAUGGGCCUGAGCCCUGAAGCCAGAGGGAGCUGCCUGAGAGAUCCAGAGCCCUUGAGCCCCCAGCAGUCUGGAGCAAGCCCUCCCUCGGAAGAGCCCAGCUUCCCCGUGAGUCCCCAGGCUCUGGGCAGCUCCGUGGAGCAGUCCACGGCCACAGGGAGCAGCCACAGACCUCACGUGCCAUGUGACCCUCCUGCUGCCAGCGCUGCCCCCACAAAUACAAGUACCUGUGACCAGGAAGUGGAGCACAGCCACCAGAGAGAGACCAGGGCUGUCAGUGACGGGGACCAGGGCAUGCUUAGCUCUGUGAGCCAUCACUCCAAGAGGGACUCUGGCUGGGACAAUGGGAGACCAGAGGAGGACAGCGGUUCAAAGAAAAGGAAGCUCUAGGGAAGCCAGGGGACAUACGCUGUCGGCCACAAGCGUCAUUGCAAGCUUAUGGUGACCGGCUAAGAGGACUAUCCAGAUAAGACUUUUUUUCUUAAAGGAGUUUGUGAGCUGUUGGAGGCCAUGGAAAGUAUAUCCGAACCCCUGGGCCCCGAGCAUCUGCAGGACUUCUUGUCAGCUGCAGACACUCGGGGCCUGUGUGCAUUAGUGAUGGUGCCUUGAAGCCAAAGGCUCGAGGUGUCGGUCUCGUUCUUCCAUAAAAGUUAGGUCAGACCCAGUGAGUGUUUUAGGAGCUGAAAUGUAUAUUUGUAUAGUGAAUAGCAAAAUUCUUUUAAAAUUUAAUCUAGUAGACUGCUAACCCUUGCUUAAAAUGUUAAUUAUUUUCACCAGAACAUAUCUAUGUUAAAAAGAAAGAAAAGCAGGGGGAGGGCAGACCCUUUCAGCCCUUGAGGUGCCAAGCAGGUCUGUGACAGGUUGGGUGGUCUGGGACCCGUGAGGUAACGGGUCAGUGUCUCCAGUUCUACUUACAGAAGUGACAGGAGCCUCCUGGAGGUCAGGUUCUGCUGACGUGCGUUUUCAGACAAGGCACCUUGGCCCGGGACGUUACAUUCCUGUGAUGAGCUCAGCUACCUGUUUUAGGAUAACGUAGCUCUCUAGCUAAGAUCCCACCCUUCCCAAAGCAGGAGACUGAAAGAAUGACACCCCGGCCCACCGUGAGCGCCCCUGCCUGGCGCUCCAGCUGCGUCGCCCGGGCUCGCAGUGCUGGGCGGCCCUGCACGCCACCCGGAGAACCAGCUGCUUGUUCCCGUAAGCAUCUCCCCAGCGACUCUGUCACCAGCUCCUAGGGGACCAUGAGGCAGGCAGGGUGUGGAUGUUUCAGGCAGGAAUCAGCACCCUUUUCAAAGAGCAGGCUAGUAGAGAGGUGCAAGUACUUGGGAGUUGAGAACCAGGAAGAGAGGUGACAUUUCCUAUGACCUUUAGAAACCACGUGAACCUGUGAAAAGACACCAGUGUUGCAGAGCGUCUGGUGAGGGGAAGUGAGUGUAGUGAGCAGAGCUGAGAGACUUGGACAGGGAGGGGCCGAAUCCAAAGUGCGAUGUUCCGGACACACAGAACCGAGGGGAAGCGUCACAGGCGGGGGAGGCCCACUGGUGACAGCGGCAGUUGCUGGAACCAGGUCUGGGGAUGUGCUGCAGCGCGAGCUAGUGGCAGAGCCACAAGCCCUGAAGCUGAGUGUGCACCUCUUGAGCUUUCGUUUGUCAUCUGCUUUGUAGGCUUUGUGUCAGAGAUUCUACCAAAGCGCAUUGCUAAGAGUUCUUUAAAAAGCAAUGUUUGGUUGCCCAAAGUUUAAACAGUCUGCUUUUCAUUGCCUGUGUCCUUCUCACUGGUGUCCGACAGCACCCCUGUCCCUCGGGGAGCGCUCGUCCUGGGCUGUGCCACAGAAGAGAGGCAGGGUGGAGGCCAGGGCUCGGGAAGCUUCCCGCAUGUGUCUGGGGCACGAAAUCUCAUUGUUACUUUAAGGUUUCCUUUCCUACCGCCUGGUCAGAAUGCUCACAGAGCAGAUACUGGGAGUGGUGACAACAGUGUAGCGUCUGACGACUCUGCAAACUUGUAAAGGAGGCGUGACAGAAUGUUGGGGUGAAGACUGUCACCCACUAUGCUUCUGCAGCAGGGAAUGGAGAAGCACGUGUUCCCCAGGACACAUGCUGUGCCCCAUGCCCGAGCAGGGUCACCCCAGUGACGUCCCAUGCCUGUUCUCGCGCAGUGCAGUCGGAGCCCGGCUUUGUCCGCAGGGUGCAGGCAGGCCUGACCUUCGUCCGAAACGCUUGUUCAGUUGGUGAGAGCAUUUGCAUAAAGCAUGUCAUACUUCCCGAGGGGCCUUUCUUGAUGUGGCUGUCACAGCCGGCGUCAGCGGCAGGUGCGCUCGCUGCAGGGGCGGCGAGCAGGGCCGUGUGCUGGUCCUGGCCAGGCGGUGUGCGGGAGGACCUGCUUCCUUCCGGGUCGGCUCUUCCGCGUGCGCACGUUCUACUUCGUUGCUGUUUUAUAUGUUCUUUGCCUUGGGUUCAUUGUGCACAGUUUAUUAAGUUCUGUUUUCAUAUAUUAUCAGGAGAAUUUUGCUAAGUACAUGUGAAUAAUCUGUAAAUGAGUUUUAUAACCAAAAUGUACCUGAACUAUUUUCUAAAGCAAAUGUGCACAUUGUAAUUUGUGCUGAAGCUUUGAUUUUUUCUAUGCUUUUGAGUUCCUAGCUGGGAUUUGCACACGUUAGGUCUGUUGUCUUUGUUAAACUUGAAUUCUAAGAGAAAGUUGCAGAAUUAAAAUGUGGAAACAGCUGAGACGGGUUAGGAGCUCUUAUUGAACGAAGGUGCAGUGUGCUUCCUGGGGGACCACGGCUCUCAGCCUCGGUGUCACUGUCCCUGGGCGAGCCAGCAGACAGCGUCCCGGGCCCCUGGCUCCUCCCAGCCGUGCACACCUUCCCAGGAGGGGACAGUGUGCGGGGACAGUGAGCUCGCCACGGGGCCUGAUGAGAGCUUCGUGCCCUUCGGCGGCCGUGUCAUUUCAGAGCCAGUUAUUGCUGUAGCAGUGACUUCGAAGUUACUCCUGUCCGCCCCGGGCGCAGCCCCCUCCCCUCCUGGGGUUCCGCUCGGGGUUUGAGGAGCCGGUGAUUCAGGGAGGAAACGAAAAUUUAGCUUCAGCUUAAAUAGAAUUCAUAGUGUUGGUGGCACCAAAAAGGCAGUUUCCAUACACGUGGGAUUUCUCCAUAACUCUUUAAAGG